AUGGACCCUAUGACUCUCAAGGCAGAAGUCACCCCGUGGACGGCUUUGGCCCACACGUGGCUUUUUUAUUCAGGUCAAGAGAGACCCCGAGAUUACGUGAAGACAUCUCUCACCGAUAAGAGCCAUUGGCUCCAGCCUCAGACGAUACAGCAGACUCUCCAGAGGACAUUGCAGUAUUAUGAGCACCAAGUUAUUGGUUACAGGGAUGCAGAAAGGAAUUUCCACAAUAUCUCUAACAGAUGCUCCUAUGCAGACCGUUCCAACAAAGAGGGUAUUGAAGACGUCUCAGGAAUCCUUCAAUGCACUGCUAAUAUACUCGGUUUGAAGUUCGAGGAACUUCAAGAAAGAUUUGGUGAGGAGUUCUUUAAUAUAUGCUUUGAUGAGAAUGAGAGAGUCCUUCGAGCCGUAGGUGGCACUUUGCAGGACUUUUUUAAUGGCUUUGAUGCUCUGUUGGAACACAUCAGAACUUCCUUUGGGAAACAGGCCACGCUGGAGUCCCCAUCGUUCCUGUGCAAGGAGCUCCCCGAGGGCGCCCUUCUGCUUCACUACUUCCGUCCUCACCACGUUGUGGGCUUCGCGAUGCUGGGCAUGAUCAAGGCUGCGGGAGAGAAGAUCUACCGGCUGGACGUCAGCGUGGAGCAGGUGGCCAAUGAGAAACUGUGCUCCGAUGGUUCGAACCCAGGCAACUGUAGCUGUCUUACCUUCCUCAUCAAAGAAUGUGACAAUACUGAUGCCGUGAAGAACCUUCCCCGGGGAGCCUCCCGAGUCCCUGCCGACCUCAGAAUCAGCAUCAGCACCUUCUGCAGGGCCUUCCCUUUCCACUUGAUGUUCGACGCCCACAUGUCCGUCCUGCAGCUGGGGGAAGGCCUGCGGAAGCAGCUGCGUUGCGACACCCACAAAGUGCUCAGGUUUGAGGACUGCUUCGAGAUCGUUUCUCCAAAGGUCAGUGCCGCCUUUGAGAGGGUCCUGUUGCGACUGUCCACCCCGUUUGUGAUCAGGACCAAGCCUGAGGCUUCCGGCACUGAAAAUAAAGACAAGGUGAUGGAAGUCAAGGGACAGAUGAUCCAUGUUCCAGAGUCAAAUUCCAUCUUAUUCUUGGGCUCUCCAUGUGUGGACAAGUUGGAUGAACUCAUGGGCCGAGGGCUGCAUCUCUCAGACAUCCCUAUCCAUGAUGCCACCCGAGAUGUCAUUCUGGUUGGCGAGCAGGCCAAGGCCCAAGAUGGCUUGAAGAAGAGGAUGGAUAAAUUAAAGGCGACCUUGGAAAGAACUCACCAGGCCCUGGAAGAAGAGAAAAAGAAAACAGUGGAUCUUCUGUAUUCGAUUUUCCCUGGUGAUGUAGCUCAGCAGCUGUGGCAAGGACAGCAGGUGCAGGCCAGAAAGUUUGAUGAUGUCACCAUGCUCUUUUCAGACAUUGUUGGCUUCACAGCCAUCUGUGCCCAGUGUACCCCCAUGCAGGUGAUCAGCAUGCUGAAUGAACUGUACACCAGAUUUGACCACCAGUGUGGAUUUUUGGAUGUUUACAAGGUGGAAACAAUAGGUGAUGCAUACUGCGUUGCUGCAGGACUCCAUAGGAAAAGCCUCUGCCAUGCAAAGCCCAUUGCUCUCAUGGCCCUGAAGAUGAUGGAACUUUCAGAAGAGGUGCUGACACCUGAUGGAAGACCAAUUCAGAUGAGGAUAGGCAUUCACUCAGGUUCUGUGCUCGCUGGAGUUGUUGGGGUAAGAAUGCCACGAUAUUGCCUGUUUGGAAAUAAUGUCACUCUGGCCAGCAAGUUCGAAUCAGGAAGUCACCCUCGGCGCAUCAACGUCAGCCCUACCACUUACCAAUUAUUAAAACGGGAAGAAAGCUUCACAUUCAUUCCUCGGUCCCGUGAAGAGCUUCCAGAUAACUUUCCAAAGGAAAUCCCUGGGAUCUGCUAUUUCCUGGAGGUAAGAACUGGUCCUAAGCAGCCAAAGCCUUCUCUUUCUUCAUCAAGAAUCAAGAAAGUUUCCUACAACAUUGGCACCAUGUUCCUCCGGGAGACAAGCCUCUGAGACCUUCAGCAGAUCAAAGACUUCUCCACAAAGCACAAGCCCACAACAUGGGUCAUGAAGGGGGAGUGCAAAGAGAUUGUUUCUCUUCCACUGAUUUGCUGAGAACAAGCAGCAGAAUUUCUGUGUUAUGUUAGGCAAUAAUCCUAGAAAAAGGUGGGUGAUGACUGUCAGUAAAAAAGAAACCGGAGGGGGUGGGGCAGAAAUAAGAGGUGUCCAUCCAUAGGAGUGCUUUUAGUCAUAUAUAUAUUUUAAUCACAACUAACCAAUAAAUAGAUUCUGUGUUUUCUUGUUUGUCGCACAUACAGGUAUCUUUCCCUAUAUAUUUCUAUCACUUUUGAGAGCCAGUUUUGAUGAUCAAUUCCUACAUUUAGUGAGUUGGUAUGUGAGGAAUAUUUUAUAAUUUUGUUUCCCCGAACAGACAUUUCAUACGUACAUCAUAGCUCUGUGGUUGCCUUCCUGGCAGGAAGAACUAUAACUCCACAAAAUAUUUUAAGGAUAUUACCUAUUUUUAUACAUCUCUCUUCUGAAUAAUUCCAUUUCACACACAACACUAUUCAAUUGUCAGAAUCUGCUACUGUGUAGUUGGUAUAUUAUGUAACUAACCUAUUAAUCAAAUGUAGUUUGACAUAUUUAGACAGAUUAGUGCUUGGACUGAGAAUACAUAUAACAGGAUUCAGAUGCUGAGAAAGCACCGUAAGUCUGCUUAGUAAAUGUAUCUUUUAAAUUUAAUUAAUGUAGCAUGGAAUCCAGAGGAAAUCAAAUUUCCUAAUAACAGAUUGCGCUGUAACUAGGAUCACAGAAAAGUCUUCUUACUAUCUUCUACUGAAUGCCGGUUACAAUGAAAUGCUUUGCUGCAUUGGACCCUUUUCAAUUUAGCGCUCCUAAAUUUAGGUAGCUUGUGCUCCAUGUUCGAGGGCAUUGUCAUAAGCAGCUUGUUGCUACGGAACUUGUUAGUACUUCCCCCCAACCCCACCUUGCCCAAGCACUGAUGCCUCCUAAGUCUACCUGCCAUUCUUGGGAGCAAAUUCCUCAACGCUGGCAUUAGUGACAAAGCAGUAGUAGGGACAUUUUGCCAAGAAUGCUGUUUCCUCUUGCCAAAUAAGCCAGGGGUGGGGGGUGGGGGAGGAACCCUGUAUUUUAUGGCUUUGAGAUUUCAAAAAAACAAAAGAGUUUUUCUUCUGCAGUUUCAUUGAUGUGACUCUUCAGUCGGUGAAUCCCCUUGGUGAAUGCUGAAGUAGGUCUAGCCUUCAGGCCCAGUAAUUGUCAUCGUGACAGAUAGGCUUCUAUUGCACAUGGUGCUAACAUGGAGAGCUGUUCCCACGAAUCAAUACUGCAUGAAAAUAUUAUCGCAGACUCGCCCUGCAAUUAGGAGCACAGCCUGUCCAGAGUUUUUCUCUUUUGGAUCAAAUAUAAAACCCAAGUUUCUAUUGAGGUUGAUGAGCUGGAAACAUUGGUUUCCUUGAAACCUUGAAGGGGCUCUUUCUUUUCCUUCAGAUGGUAUCCUCAUAGACCGCUUAUGUCUACUGAAUGUAAUCCAUUUCUUGUUCUAGUCAGGCAUUUCGGCUGCAUUACGAUUUGUUUACGACAAAACUCAGCUAAGGAGCAUAUUAACUAAUGUCCAGUGUAACUGUGGGGCUUAUGAGUAUUUUUAAGUUCUCUAAGUGUGUAGCUAGAAAACAUUUAUAGAUAUGCCAAGUAUUUGUUAAAAUGGUGAUCACUUUUGUAAUUGCACCCCAAGACUUAUGAGGACCCUAGGGCAACACUUAGUGUGGAGACAGGAUCUAGACCCUGAGCUCUCUGAUAGCUCCCUGUCCCUCUCCUCCCUGGGUCUAGUAGGCCUCUGUUUUGAACAACAUGGAGGCCAGAAAGCUUGGACAUUUAAGGGGAGGCAUAUAGACUGAGAACAGGGUGCUGUCAUGGAAUCUCUUCAGGGGACUGGGAGAUUAAACUACUUCCUUAACUGGGAAUAAGGAGAGGUUUACCAUCAGGUGGCCAGUACAGGCUGGGAGCACCGGAGCCCUCAUACUAAAAGCAGUCAGCCCUUGCAAUGUGUUCUGUACAGCACAGGAACAUUGAGAGAGCACCAAGCUUGCUCAAGUCACAGAAGCUUAUGCUGCACAGGAAUUUACUUAGGGUUUAUUAUGAUCAUAAGUAAAUCAAUAAACAUUUGGGUGGUAAACAAUGUGUUUUGUAACCAUAAAGCCGAAAGGGACUUCCAGUAAUCAUCCAAUUUAUUUCUCUGUUUUUUGUGAAGAUUUGUCUGAGCAACUAUUCUAAAUAGAUGAUCAUUCUCUCUAUAUUUAAGAAUAUCUAUGGCAAGCAUAUUUUAAAAGCAUCAUUAAAAAUCCACUUCAUUAUCCAGUAAUUGGUAAUAGGGCCCAAGACAUGAAUUGUAUAUAUAUUCAGUUGGUCAAAAUAACAAACUCUUAUAGUUUCUAUGGUUCUACUUAGAGAAGAAGUAGCCAUAUCAUUGUCACAAAUAUCACAACGAAAAAGAUACCAGAGAUCUAUUAUAUAUCACAGACAGGAUGUAAACUACAUUUUUCAAACAAUAUAAUCUAAAUGUAUCUUUGAAGCUAGAGUCUGAGACAAUAGUCUCAUCUGUUUCCAUUUUGCCAUCCUGCAAGCAUUGACUAUUAGUUAUGCUGUUGCUAUGUGUUUGCAAGUUAACUGCGUAAAAUGGCCUUCGUUCUAGCUGCUGUCAUAGAAUUUAGAAACUGUGAAAAACCCUUACAUUUUUAUUUCUCCGAUGUAACACAGUCCGCAUAUUCUCCAUUUUGGAAUUAAAACUAUAACCAUGAAUCAUAGCGAGGAUUUCACUUGACUAAUAUCUAUACAUUAUUCUUACCUAAAAACUGUUGCAGACACGAUGCAUUUUAGUGUGCAGAGUAAAAGAGAAUGUAAAUGGGGUGUCUCAUUAGACAUGUGGUAUUACAUUAGGGAAACAGUAUUAAUCCACUCUCAAAAGGAUACAUUAAAAUAUAAUUUGGCACAUAGAGCUCCUUCAGUUUAGUGUUCUUUUAGGAACCUGUUUUGAAGAAGUCACCUUAUGACUAGGCAUCAGCAGCAAAGAUUCACAAUGGCACUAGUAUUAUUUUGAUAGAACAUCAUUGUUUGCAAAUAAAUCAGUUAUUCAACAAAGUCAUAUACCUUCAUAUGUACCCCCAAACACAGUGCACAGUAUGUGCUUUGGGAAUCUGGAUAAAUAGGUAACAUUAGCCAUAAUAACAAAGAUUAAUACUCAAUGCCCACAUAAGACAGUUGGCUGUCUCAGCCACGUAGUGUGACGUCAAUAAGGAAAGAAGACAUAGCUCCUAUGUAACAGGUGACCAAACUGUCUAAAACCUGCCUUGAUAUCCAUCUCUUCUCCUUUAUUUUGGAAUUCUCUUUUAAUAUCUGACUGUGUGGAGUCCAAUGAGCUAUGACCUCUUAGGACUCUGAGAUGGGCACUGAUGCCUGAGACUUUGAGUCCAUGGAUUCAGCACUUCAAAUGUGAACUCUCAUGGUCUCACACUUGGUCUUCUUGUCCAAUGACGAUAGUAUCAGGGACAUAGUCUUUUAUUGUUAAAGUGCAAAAAUGUGCCUCUCCGGGAAACAGUAAAACGAGACAACAGCUUCUACAGAAUCUUACUCCCAAGUGCAGCAGGGCUUUUAAUUGUGCAAAAUGUUCCAAAGAUUUCAAGCAAUAAAGCAAAAUUAAAUUGAUGCAUGCAAAGAAAAGGCAAAGCCUCAGAGCCUGGAAAACCACCAAGCUCUGUUUUUUUUUUUUUUUUUGGUUUUUUUUUUUUUUUUUUGGACAAAAAUACUGCUACCAAUUGAGAUCCUGUAUUUCAGUUUGGGAGAUAUCAAAAAAGAACUCAAGAUGACAACUGUCAUUAUGUCAUUACAUAUAUUUCCUGAAAGCGCCUUGGGAUCGUGACUUGCUGAGGGCAGGUAUAACGGAUCGUCA